AUGUCAGUCGAAAAGGGAGCCGACGCCACCUUGGCAUGCCCACCCCUCGACGAGUACGGGGCGGCACCCCCGCCUUACGCCGCGACAGCCGGCACGGACGGGGCCGACGCGCCGGCGUACAGCUGGCCGGCGGAGGCGGGGCGCGUCGCAGGCGCGAGCGGGCGCUUCCCGGCGGCGCUCAACGCGUACUUCCCGAAGACGGGGCUGUCGCGGACGCUCCACCUGGGGCAGCGGGCGGACGCGCCGCUGCUGGCGGUGACGACGCACUCGGGGCUGACGAGCAGGCCGCUGCUGGAGCUGCGGGCGCGGGCGGGCGGGCCGGUCAUCGCGUCGGCCGACAACGAGAGCCGGUGGGGGUGCGGCCGCACCUCGAUCGUCAAGGUGGUCGGCGGCGGCAGCCUGGCGGCGGCGGCAGAGGGGGCGCAGGCCGACGAGUUCCCCGCCCCCCCGCUGCGCGAGCAGACCGUCGUCAUGAGGCAGCGCGCCAGCUGGACGCACCUCAGCUACGGCUUCUCCGCCGCCGUCGGCCGGGGCAAGGACCUGCGCCCCGAGGACUUCGAGUGGCGCCGCAGCCGCGGCCCCGAGGUCCGCCAGGUCAACGGCGGCGCCGGCCUCUCGGGCUGGAAGCUGGUGCGGCUCGCGGCCGGGCACCGGAGCGCAGAGGGCGGCAAGGGCGCGGCCGGCGAGGCGAGCGGCGCCGGCGAGGUCGUCGCCGUCUGGUCCCACAACGCGUCCGCGUCCAUGACCAAGGUGCUCCGCUUCCAGCUCGUCGGCAGCGCGGCCGCCGGGCUGCUCGGCGACGAGUUCGCGCUCGUCGCCAUCAUGACGGCGCUCAAGGUCUGGUACGCCGAGUUCACGGGCGCGGCCGCGUCUUAG